AUGCCCGACAGCAAGCUGAACGAUGAUCGCAUGGCCCGACAAAUCCAAAGCGAACUGAAUCCCGCCCUCUGCCGGGAGUUUCUGAACCCGGGGUUCGUGAAGAAUCGCAUCAAGUGGUGCAAGAAGCAAAGGGAGCACGAUGGGUUGGAUGAGGCCCGGGGCAUAAGUCGUGGUGAGCAGGUCUUUUGGGAUUGUGCUCACGGGCAGGGCAAGUACUACUUCCACCUUGUGGACCUGGGCAAAACGCCGGUGAUGCACGAAAAGAAGGCUUGGGGCAGGGGUUUAUAUCAGUAUGGCAAGGUUCAGCUGCCCAGUCCACUGGUUGAGGUGGUGAGCGAGUUCAACUUUCCAUUUCUGAUGGAUUAUUGUGCGACUUUUGCGGGCUGGCUGCCCACGAAACGUGAGGUGGAGGCCAUUUGCCGAAGAGCCUGUCUGCUGUGGGCACACGAAGAAUUCCGCUUGAUGCCUGACAGCCUGAACAAGCAUGAGAUUGCAGUCGGCACCUCUGCCAUCUCGAAUGUUGGUGUUCUUCAAUUCGACUGGGAACUGUGUCCACUUUUCUGA